GGUGUCUUGGCGGAGCCCAAGUCGCCGAGGGGUGGCAGCUAGGCCAGGCGACCACCGGAGUGGGCACCCCGCCUCUGUACCUGCCUUGUUGUGUCCGCGUGCUCCCGCGCUAAAAUAAUUUGGAUUCUCUGCCUAUUUUAUGCAAACAUGAAAACCUGACUAACCGCACUACUAACAUUUGCAAAUAAGUCUAAGGGGUCCCAAAUUUAAAUUAUAGAUAAGGAAGGGCUUGGAAAUCUGAUGAAAUAUGAGUGCUGGAACCCAAUUGGAGAGCACUGGGUUCUCUGCAUCGCUGUACUCAAUCCGGUUAAUUCCUCCACCCCACCCCCAGGGGCUCAGAACGUUUCCUUUGGAAACUUGAAGCUGAUUUGUAACCUGUAAUGUUUCUUCACCCUCUUGGUAAAGUUUUUCCUUUCUGUGGUUUGUGGCUUACAGCAUUUUAUAUCCUCCCCCCAGUCCCCAGGGGCAGCCGAUGAAUUGCUUAUGAAUGCUACUUGGGACCUCACUCUGAACAUUCUAGUUAUGUUGCAAACAUGAUUUUAAUAUCCAGAGAUGAAAAUUACAGCAAAAACAUGAAGUUUUUCUUUAAAAGCAUUUCAUAUCCUGGUUUUCUUGGAAGUCAACAUUUCAUUGUUUCACUAGCGUUGUUUCACUAAUAAUCAGCUAAUUAAUCAUGUGUCAUUUUAGAUAAUUUAUAAAAAUAAUGCUAUCAUUGUCCAUCAUAAAUGGUUUACAACUUGGAGUUUGUAAUGAUAAUUUUACAUCUGAAAUGCAAAAUUUGCAUCUUAAAAUGCGUUGUAAGUUCUGCUCAAUAGAUUUUAAUUGUUUUGCCCAUACUCAGUACAAGAAUAUACUACUAUAAGCAAAAGUAUAAAAACAAUAUAAUUUUAUACUUUUAAAUUAUACUAUAGGCAAGCACAGAUCCUUACAACUUUGUUAUUUCUCUCUUUCAUCAGUGUAAUUUUCCAGAUGGGCACAAAAACACACACUGAUUUAUUUCUUGCUGUACCUUACUAGUUUUUCAGUGUUGUUUUGCAAAUUAUUGACAUAGAAGCACAUUUUAUCAUAAACUCAAACACUGACCUAUAUGUUUCUAAUGGGGAGAUUUUUAAACAAACGUUGGCUCUAUCGAUUCUAGUUCUUCUCUGAUGAUUUUCAUAGUUUUGAUGUCUUAUUUCGCCUUUUAACGUCUCUGCUUCUGUCAGCAUUCUCCUGCAUGUCCUUGCUUGAUGCUUUCUGGUCCUGCAUGCAGCUAGAUGUCCCUAGGAUUUAGGAAACAGGAACCCAGUGGUAACCUUCCUCACUUCUAUAAUCAGAAAACCCUCUGGGUAAAUGACAGCAGUUUGUCUGAAAAAUAAUAAUGGCGUUAUUGUUUUGAACUCCUUCAAAGAGAUAAUUUGCAACCUGAAGAGAUAAUUUGGAACUGGCUAAAGAAAGAAACUAAAAACCAAGAAAUGCCUCCUUCCACAAACAAAGAACUGAUCCUUGGCAUCAUGGUGGGAACUGCUGGAAUCAGUUUGCUGGCCUUAUGGUACCACAAGGUCCGUAAACCAAGGACAACAAUGAAUUUGCCUAAAUUUCUUUCCCUGGGUAAGAAAUUCGAUUCACUAACUUUGCAAGAUGAAACACACAGUGAACAAGGAUCAUCAGUGGUCUUUCAAAGAAGGCAACUUCAGAUACUGGAAAAGUUAAACGAAUUACUGACCAACAUGGAAGAACUUAAGGAGGAAAUCAAAUUUCUGAAAGAAACGAUUCCAAAGCUGGAGGAAUAUCUACAAGAUGAACAUGGAGGGAAGGUAACAGCUCAUAAGAUCAGUCCUCAGCACAGAGCUAGAAGAAAAAGGAUGACAACAGUUCAAAGUGCAGCAACAAGUAAUAGCUCAGAGGAAGCAGAAAGUGAAGGAGGCUGCUGGAAAGAGGACCCACGCUCCCAACAAAAUUAUCCUGAAGAUCUAGUUCCUCCACAACACGAGCAUCAUGGAUCCUCUUGUAUUUUACAACCAAAAGUAGCUCUGAGUUUCAUAACAUGUCGUCCUUCUUCAACAUGUAAGAUAAGUAGAAAAUUCUCUUGUUGCUCAAGUGCAUCUAAUCACUUAUUUGGCUCUAGAGGAAUACACACCUUACUGACAAGACUUCAAAGGAGAUGGAGACAGCCAAGUAGAGUUAACUUUGAUUCUCAGGAAGACAUAACUUCCAAUGCCACAAGAUCCUCAGGUUUCUUUAGUGCCAUUACAUCUCGACGAUAUUUUUCAUCCCGCAAGCUAAGUGUAGUUUCCUGUUACAGGAAUAGCAUUCUCUAUGAUCCUCCACAAGGCAGUCUGAACUUGCCUUGUGCAAACGAAAUUAAAGGCUUUCCUAAUAAGUCAACUAAUAUUGAUGCUCAAAAAAAUAUAUGCUUCUCUAAUUCCGAACGUGGCAAUAAACGCUUUCCAAAUUUGGAAACAAAAGCCGUUUCUCCAGGCCAAUGGACUAUUGAGAGAACAUCUUACCUACCAAGCCUAAUGGCAUCCCGCUUUUCUCUUCCAACUGUUCUUUCUUCUUCCAGUCAAACAAAUAUAUCAGUUGCUGAUGGCCCAGAGAAUGGCCAACUACAUACGGAUUCGGAAGAUGCCCUUCAUCACAGGUCUCAGAGACACAGUAAAAAUUACUCUCCAGGUGACAUCGAACAACUUCGGUCUCAGAAUAUAACUUCUGCCGCGGAUGUCAAUACCAUAAUUGUUGAAGUUACCUCAGGCCCCUUUGCUGCUUCACCUCCAGAUGAAGACACACCUUCACCUAUUGCAAUGACUGGAAUAAGGUCACCUAGAUUUUCCUUUCUCUGAGAAUGGCAGCUCAAAUCAGAAAAUUUCCCAGAAAUCAGUCUCCAAAGUCACUAGAAACCAGUCCUCAUUUCUCUUGGGAAUCUGUUCUUACAGCUGUACUGCAGUGGGGGAAAGAGAUUUCUGUAUUGUAGUCAAAGUGUAAUAGGGUCUGGUUUUGAAAGGUUAUAAACAUUUUUAGAAUGUGGAAGCCAAAGAUGAUUUCAUGUUUCAGGCUUCUGUCAGAUUACACUGCAGAGAUUGGCUAAUCCUGGCUUUCUAAGUGAAUAUUAUAUAUCAGAGUCUCAAAAUGACACUAAGUUUUUAUGUGUAACUUACCUGAACAUAAUUUGUCCUCAGAGUACAGUGCUUCCUUUCAUCCAAAUCACUGGAGAUGGUAUCCUUAUAUGAUAUGUGGUUAUGAUGAUUGACUCAUAUUUUCAUUCAUAUCAGCUUUUACCCAUCAGAAUUCUCACAUACACAUCACACUGACAAAAGUUUUCAUUAACAUAAGAAUUAAAUAAGGUAAACAGUAACAUAAUGGGAAGAAGUAGCUUAUUUAGAACCCAGAUUUUUAAUUACAUUGAUUUAUUUGGGGGUGGUGCAUAUACAUGCCAUGGUGUAUAUAUGGAGGCCAGAUGACAGUCUUUAGGAGGUCAUUCUCUUUACCAUCCAGGUCCCAGAUAUCAAAUGCAUGUCAUCAGGCUUGGUGAUAAAUACCUUUAUCUGUUGGGCCAUCUCACCAGCCCAUAGCCCAGAAAUUUUGACUAAUAACUUAUUCAGUAUUUGUAUAUGUACAAAUCAGGGAACUCAAUGAGCUAUGGAAUCAGAAAUUUAAGUGUGUGUGUGUGUGUGUGUGUGUGUGUGUGUGUGUGUGUGUGUAUGUAUGUAUGUAUGUAUGUAUGUAUGCAUGUGUGCAUAUAUGUGUGUGCCCCUCAAAACUGUAUUUUAACUAUUUUUUAUUCUUUUUCAGUAGGCAAAAGUUAUAUAAGUACUCUCCCAAAAGUGAUGAGUAGAGAGAUAAUUUAAGCAACUAAAAAGCAUUUGUUUGAAUAUAAUUAGACUUUGUUCAAAAAAGGGUUUGUGUUGUUUUCAGGUAUUUAUCAUAGUAAAAUAAAACCCCAAUCAUUAGGUUGAAAUGUUACUUUUACAUGCAAGGGUUUCUACUCAUCUUAGCAUAUCAAAUAUUUAUUUUUAAUUUUAAAUGUAUUACUUGCAAUGAGCAUGAAAUUUAUGUAUCAUUGAAACCAUUCUGAGGUGUGUAGUUCAGAGGUAUUAAAUAUAUCCACAGUGUGAUAGGACUAACACCACCACUUAUUCCCAUGGCUCUUUUCGUCUUGUAAAACUCAAGUUCUACACCCAUUAAAUAAUAGCUCUCUGGUUCCUUUUCUUCCCAUACCCUGUCCACUAACCUUUUGUUUUCUAUGAGUUUGACUAAUUAAAUGGCUCAUAUAAGUAUAAUUGUUAGUAUUUGUCUUUUCCAACUGACUUAUUUCACUUAGCAUUAUGUCAUCAAAGGUUUAUGUAGUAUAUACCAAAAUAUCCUGUCUUAUUUUGAAAGGCUGAAUAACGCCCUAUUUUAUUUAUGAAUUACAUUUCACCUGUGUUUUCAUCUGUCAACAGAUAAUUUGGGUUUCUUCUGUGUUUGUACUGUGGUAAUUCCACUAUGAACUUGGGUGCAAAUGCUCUUUGAGAUGCUGCUUUUUAAUGUCUUAUUAGCAUUUAUCAAUUAUACAUAAUAAUGAGUUUCACUGUGACAUUUUUAUACAUGUACACAAUGUAUUUUGAUCCUAUUUAUUCUUACCUUCUUGUUUCCCUCUUCCUCUGAUCCCUUUUUCUUAACUAGCCCCUCACUUGUAUUUCAUCUCUUUUUUUUUAUUACUCAAUUUCAUUAUGGUUACUAUGGGAAAAUGAGGA